AUGAUAAGGGUACCAGUCCAAAGCAGAUCAUUUGCAACUUCAACAAGAACUUUAUCUUGGUUUGGUGAUCUUUUUGGAAAAAACAAAACAAGCAUUGAAUCACAGCAAAAAAGAAAAGAAAUAAUUGAAAAACAAGAUGAAUUAACUGGACAAGAAUCUAUUAAAGUUACACAUUUAACUUAUAAGAACUCUGACAAAUAUGUCAAAUUUGACCGUAAAAAAGAAAUGCCUGGAUACAAUAUAAGAAAUUGGAAAUCUGUUAGAGGUUUACAUCCUAAAGAUUUGGAAACUCAUUAUUCCAAUAAAGAAUUAUUACAAAACAAGAUUAAUGAAAGCUUACAAAAUGUGCUUGGUAAAGAAAUAACUAGAGAACAAUAUAAAGAUAUAAGUUUAACUGAUUUGGAAUUUAGAUUUAACGUGGUUAAAGCUUUACAAUCUAGUUUGGGUAUUGAUUUCAAUGACUACACUGUUUCGAAGAGUCAUGAUUUAGAAACCUUAUAUGAUGAAAUUGAAAACGUUGUCAGCACCAGAUGGAAGAAUGAAAAACACCCAGACGCUAUUGUUUUAAGACCAGAAGAUUUUACUGCAGGAAAUGUUUAUUUGAAUGAAGAAAGAUCUACCUGGGAGAAACAAAAAGAAUUCAAUAAAUUGGUUCAACAAAUGAAGAAUGCUGAAAAAAAGCAACAAAGUGUGUAA